AUGGUAGAAUAUAAAUUAAUCAUAUCAUUUGAUGGAGGAGGUAUGAGAGGAUUAGUGACACUUUAUCUAUUAGAUUAUUUAGAGAAAGAGUUUGGAGUAGAUAUUACAUUAAAGGCACAUUUAAUGGGAGGUACAUCGACAGGAGGUAUUAUAGCAUUGUCAAAGAUACAGAGGCUGUCCAAUCAAGAGAUCAAAGAUUGUUAUUUAAAUGUUGGUAAAACAGUGAUGAAGUUUAGUUGUGAUAAUAUCGUCGAGGCACAGACACUUGCCAAUACACAACUCUACGAACAAGAGUUGGCACUUAAAUUCAAAAAUACAAAGAUGCUUGAAUUGGGAGACUACAGAAAACAACGAGCGUUGGUGGUGUGUGGCUCCAAACCAACUGGAUCAUUUAACAAAUUCGAUGUCACACUCUUGUGCAACUAUCCAACCAUCAGUGACAAGAGAAAGUAUUUACCAAAGGACAGACCAAUCGAUGUGACCGUGGUCGAUGCCAUUCGGUGCACAUCAGGCAUCCCACUUAUUUUUGGACCGAUCAAGUGUAUUGCCAAUAUGGAUGUUGUCGAUGGCGGCGUUCUACACAACAACCCUGUCAAUGUUUGUAUCAAUGAAGCAAUCUCUGAAUGGAAGUCUGACAAUGUGGAAUACAUUGUCAUUUCACUGGGUACUGGACGUGCAGAAAAGUAUAAGAGUCCAGUAUUGGAACAACUCAAGAAAUCAACCGUACGCUCACUCAAAGGGUCAUCACAAAUUGGAGUAUCCAAUUCUUCUGAACAAUUGACACUUGGAGUCCAAGUAAUCGACCAGUUGCUCGAAGGUACUUCAGGCGCACACUCUGAAUAUUUAAAGUUUGUAGAUACCGUCUCCAAACAAUCAACCUUUACAAUCCAUCCUUUUAGACUAGACCCACAACUUCAAAAGUCAUAUUUCCUUGCCGACGCAUCAGAUGAAACCAUCAAAGCAAUGAAAACAGAUACUGAUAACUAUUUAACAAAUCCAACUACAAUAGAAACAAUUUCAAAAUUAAAACUAUUAUUACAUCAAUCUGGAUUUAUUCCUUAA